UACGGCAAUUACACAAACGGAGGAUUGAAGUACCCCACAUCUUGCCGAGCCAGUCAGGAUCUUUCGCUGAUCACCGCAAAUGCUUCGCCGGUGUUUGUCCAGGCUCCAGCGGAGAAAGGCUUUGCCAGUUUCGCCAUCGAUUUUCUCAUGGGCGGAGUUUCGGCCGCCGUGUCGAAAACUGCCGCUGCACCUAUCGAGCGUGUGAAGCUUCUGAUCCAGAACCAAGACGAAAUGCUUAAAGCUGGCAGGCUCUCGGAACCCUACAAGGGAAUCGGCGAAUGUUUCAAGAGAACAAUUCGGGAAGAAGGGUUUGGAUCUCUCUGGAGAGGAAACACCGCUAACGUCAUUCGUUACUUCCCCACUCAGGCUUUGAACUUUGCAUUCAAGGACUAUUUCAAGAGACUCUUCAACUUCAAGAAAGACCGCGAUGGCUACUGGAAGUGGUUCGCCGGCAACCUUGCGUCUGGUGGUGCUGCCGGUGCUUCCUCGCUCUUCUUUGUCUACUCGUUGGAUUAUGCUCGUACGAGGCUUGCUAACGAUGCCAAGGCCGCCAAGAAGGGCGGUGGUGGAAGGCAGUUCGACGGUCUGGUUGAUGUCUACAGAAAGACUCUGAAAUCCGACGGUAUUGCCGGUCUUUACCGUGGGUUCAAUAUCUCGUGUGUUGGUAUUAUCGUGUACCGUGGUUUGUACUUUGGUAUGUACGACUCUUUGAAGCCAGUUCUCUUGACUGGUUCAUUGCAGGAUAGUUUCUUUGCCAGUUUUGCCCUUGGAUGGCUCAUCACAAACGGAGCUGGUCUUGCUUCUUACCCAAUCGACACUGUCCGUAGAAGAAUGAUGAUGACAUCUGGCGAGGCGGUCAAGUACAAGAGCUCAAUGGAUGCAUUUACGCAAAUCUUGAAGAACGAGGGUGCUAAAUCUCUGUUCAAGGGUGCCGGUGCGAACAUUCUUCGUGCAGUUGCUGGUGCUGGUGUGCUUGCAGGUUACGACAAGCUUCAGGUUCUUGUUCUUGGAAAGAAAUACGGCUCUGGCGGGGCUUAAGAAAAACUCGAGGGACAUCGAUGGUGAUGAAAAUCGUUUUUUUUGUUAGUUUGAGAGUAUUUAUUUUAAGGCGAAGUUUUUUCUUACAUAAUUUUGAAAUAAGAUAGAUUUAGUGAGGGGGUGUGUGAACCCAAACAUUGGUUAGUUAAGUUACCUUUUGGUUGUUUUGUUUCCCAGAACCUUUGUGCUUGAUGGAGGUUUACUGGAGGGAUUGUAGUAGUGCUCUAUGCCAUUUUGAUUUAUUUUUAAUAUAAAUGCAUUUUAGCUGAUA